AUGAAGACUGCCACCGUCUCCCUUUUCGCGCUCGCCUUCUCCGCCACCGUCAGCGCUGGCGACGGCAAGGGCAAGGGCAAGGACAAGACCCCCAAGAAGCCUCUGGUCAGCUCGGCCAAGCUCCAGUCCUAUGUCAACAAGCGUGACCUUCUCAACGACGCCAACAAGCUCCAGUCAUUUGCCAAGGCUCACGGUGGUAACCGCGCUUUCGGUAGCGGCGGUCACAACGCCACUGUUGACUACAUCUACAACACCCUCAAGCGCCUCAACUACUACGAUGUCGUGAAGCAGCCCUUCACCGAGAUCUUCUCCGAGGGUACCGCCACCCUCACUGUUGGCGGUGCCGAUAUCCCCGCCGCCAUCAUGACCUACACCCCCGGCGGUGAGGUUACCGCCAACCUCGUUGCCGUUCCCAACCUUGGCUGCACUCCCACCGACUACCCCGCCGAGGUUGCCGGCAAGAUCGCCUUUGUGUCCCGUGGCACUUGCUCCUUCGCUGAGAAGUCGCUGAGCGCCAAGGCUGCCGGUGCCGCUGGCAUCGUCAUCUACAACAACGUUGCUGGCUCUCUUGCUGGCACCCUCGGCUCCCCCUUCCAGGACUACGCCCCUGUUGUGGGUAUCAGCCAGGAGGACGCCGCCCCCAUCCUCGAGGCUCUCUCUGCUGGCCCCGUCGAGGCUUCCCUCGACGUCGAUGCCACCGUUGAGCAGCGUGUCAACUACAACGUCAUCGCCGAGACCAAGGGUGGUGAUCACGACAACGUCCUUGUCGUUGGUGGUCACUCCGAUUCCGUCUCUGCCGGCCCCGGUAUUAACGAUGACGGUUCCGGUACCAUUGGUAUUCUGAACGUUGCCAAGUACCUCAGCAACUUCAGCGUCAAGAACGCCGUCCGCUUUGCCUUCUUCGGCGCUGAGGAAUUCGGUCUCCUCGGCUCCUACUUCUACGUCAAGUCGAUCAACAGCUCUGAGACCGAGUUAGCCAAGAUCCGUGCCUACCUCAACUUCGACAUGAUCGCCUCCCCCAACUACAUCCUCGGCAUCUACGAUGGUGAUGGAUCCGCCUACAACCUCACCGGCCCCCCCGGAUCCGACGUCAUCGAGAAGGACUUUGAGGACUUCUACAAGUCCAAGCGCUCCCCCUCGGUCCCCACCGAGUUCUCGGGCCGCUCCGACUACGCCGGCUUCAUCCAGAACGGCAUCCCCUCCGGCGGUCUCUUCACCGGUGCUGAGGUCCCCAAGACCGAGGCCGAGCAGAAGCUCUUCGGCGGUGAGGCUGGUGUCGCGUACGACAUCAACUAUCACAAGGUCGGCGACACUGUUGACAACCUCAACUGGAAGGCCUUCCUCAUCAACACCCAGGCCAUUGCCCAUUCGGUCGCCAAGUAUGCCACCAGCUGGAAGGGCUUCCCCGCCGUCAACCUGAACGAGAGACGGUGGGCUGGCGACCGCGCCAAGGCCAUGAAGCGCUCCCUCGGCGUCCACGGCCACGGUGUGCACACCCACUCUGGGCCUUGCGGCGGCGGUGAUGAGAUCUGA